ACAGAUGGAGCCGAUUUGACCACCAGUGGGAGAGAAAGAGAGAUUGUAUUUUGGGGGAAAAGAUCGAGGAUAAAUUCAGAUUUUUUUAUUUUAAUCUGCAAUGAGAACUGAACAAAGUGAAAAUGGAGAAAACUCUACGAAGUCGCUGAAAAUGCUGAUGGAGCAGCUGAAGGAGAUCACCGGGGUCCAGGACCAGCAAGUUCUCUUCAAAGCCCUGAAGGCCAGCCAGGGGGACGUUGGACAUGCUGUGGGACUACUGACAACCCAGAAUGUGGAGAUUCAGGACUCUGCAGAGCCUCAGGAGUCAGGGACAUCUGCAGAGACCUGGGACAGCAAGAGAGGACUUCCCAAAGAUGAACUACAGACGGCCAUUGAACUCAGUUUGCAGGAAUCCCACAACGCAGAGCAAGAAGAGCGAGAAUUCAACAGGGCUCUGGAGGCCAGUGCAGAAGAAAAUGCAGUGAGAAUGAAAAGAAAGAGAUGUGAAGCGCAAAGUGAGAUGUGCAGCCCUGCAGACUGGAUUCGUCAGGACGACUGGCCCGUCGGAAUCCGCAACGUAGGAAACACCUGCUGGUUCAGCGCUGUCAUCCAGGAUGUCAGUGAGUUUUCCCACAAAUUGCUCGACUGGUUAGAGGAUGCGUUUCAACUAGCAGCAAAUGGAACGAAUGCAGAAGACAAGCAGCAAAACCCACUGGUCCAACUUUUCUACGGCACCUUCGUGACAGAGAGGCGACAUGAAGGCAAGACUCUGUACAACAUUGAGCAGUUUGGUCAGUAUCCUCUGCAAGUCAAUGGCUUCAACAACCUUGAUGAAUGCCUGGAAGGCGCGAUGGUUGAGAAGGAGAUCGAAUCGCUGCACUCGGAUCAUGUGGCAACAUCUGGACGAGAGAGAUGGUUUAAAAAACUACCGCCGGUCCUGACCUUUGAGCUGUCUAGAUUUGAGUUCAACACUCAGCUCGGGCGUCCUGAGAAGAUACACAAAAAAUUAGAGUUUCCACAAAUCGUCUACAUGGACAGAUAUCUUCAUAAAAACAUAGAACAGACCAAUGAGAGGAGAGGGGAAGUGAAGAAGCUUAAGGAGCAACUGGCCGUCUUUCAACAGAAGCUUGAGUGUUACAAGAACUAUGGCUCAGGACCUAUGAAGUAUCCUCUGGCCGAUAUGCUUCAGUUUGUUCUGGAGUUCGCCUCCACCCGACCCACCAGCGUUUCCCCGGCUGAAGACCCGAGACUCGCAUCGUCUUCGCCGACUCCUGCAAACCCACCCGUCUCUGAAGCCGUUGCCAAAGACAUCAGCGAAUCUGGAGAUAAAGACGUCUCAGACGACCUUUUCUCCAGUGUUUCCAGCUGCCAGCAGACGCCCAUUUACAAGCCUUUCACCCAGUGUAAGCACCCAUCUGACUGCCCACCACACCCAGCGCCUCACAGCGCCACUGAAGAAGAGCUGCACUUUGUUAAGACCUGCCUGCGACGCUGGAGGACUGAAGUAGAGCACGACAUAAACGAGCUAAAGACCAGCAUAGACAAGCUCACACAGACACUGGAGGGCAUGUACUCUGACAACAGUCUCUGCCAGGUGCCUUACAGACUACACGCAGUGCUUGUUCAUGAAGGUCAGGCAUCAGCAGGUCAUUACUGGGCUUACAUCUAUGACCACGCUAACCAGCGCUGGAUGAAGUACAACGACGUCAGCAUUACAGAGUCUUCGUGGGAGGAGCUUGAAAGAGACUCUUUUGGUGGGAUGACCAACGCCAGCGCAUACUGCCUGAUGUACAUUGAUGACAGACUACCUCAGCUGAUCACAGAAGACACAGAUGAUGAGACAGGCCAGGUACUUCAUGGCAUGGAUUCGCUGCCGGCCGCCCUCAGACGCUUCGUUCAGGAAGAUAACCGAUGGUUCCAGCGAGAGCUCAGCGAAUGGGAAGAGCAGUUCUGCCAGACUGCCACCCCACAGGAAGAGUCUGCCACCGCGGCGGAGCCUCCGAGCUCCUCUGUGGAGAAAACACAGCAAACACCUGUGGAGCCGGCACCACAGUCUGGACCUUCCACUGAAGAGCUGGACCAAGGAGCCGUUUUAGGGCCACAGUCAGGCGCAGAAGAGGAGAAAGCUGCAGACUGUGAUGCAAGGGCGACGUCUGAAGCAGAGGCUCCUGAGAUUUUGCCCCCAUCUGCAAGUCCAGAAUGCCGAGCAGAUGCAACUGACACCCCUGCAGUCAGCGACACCCUGGAAUCAAGCCCAAAGUCAGCUGAGCUGCAGAGUCAGACCUCUGGCUCCGAUGCAGAGGUUAGUAAUCAGGAACCGUCUGGACUCCACGUGCACGCGGAGGUGGCAGGACUGAGCUCUGAGACAAAUGAUGAACCGGGAGCAUCUGGUGAGGCUGCUGGACUGGAAGCAGAUCCGGAAAACGAGGGGCGACACCGGGAGCAGGAGGAGGCCCCAGCCAGGCAGAGGCAGGCUGAGAAUGAAGUGUCAGAGGUGGAGAUCCCCAAUGUGGGGAGGAUCAUGGUGAGGGCGGAUGCUGAUGGAUACAAUGAGGAGAUGAUGCUCACUCCAGCUAUGCAAGGUGUCAUCCUGGCCAUAGCCAAGGCCAGACAGACGUUCGACAAAGAGGGCCCUGAGGCUGGCCUCAUCAGGGCCUUUCAUGAGGAGUAUUCCCGCCUGUAUGAACUCUCCCAGGAGGAGAUCACGCCCCAGGAGGAUGCCCGUCUGCAGCAUGCUCUGGUCUACUUCUUUCAAAACAAGGCGCCCAAGCGUGUCAUUGAGAGGACGCUGCUGGAGCAGUUUACAGACCGCAACCUCAGCUUUGAUGAAAGAUUCCCCCUUAGAGAUUAUAAAACUGCACCUGCUGCAUCUCAGUCUCAGUGGCAUGAUGACUACAGGGACUUCAGGACGGUGUUUGUUUAUCUGCUGACUGGCUUGGAGCAAUAUCAGCACGGAAAGAUACGAGAGGCUUUGAACUACUUGGCUCAUGCAUAUGAGACCAAUGCUGUCCUGCUGGGAAAGGGAGACAAAUGUGGUUUGGACAAGGCUCUUAUUGCAUUGUACAGAAGAAAGUGCCUCAUUGCUCUGAAUGACAGCGCAUCGCGCCUAUUCUGCAGCGGGGAGGAGAGCAAAGUGGAGGAGGCUCUUUCCAUCAUGGACGAAGCUGUCAUUCCCUGCCUUCACCUGAUGAGCCGGGAUACGGCGUUAUCUCAGGAGGACCGGGAUGCAAUGGAGAAUAUACGCAGCCACUGGUGCUGCUGCCUGGGUCAGGACAUGGAUGAUUCAUUGCAGGUAAAGCUGAGUGAGUUGCUGCCGCGGGUCCUUGAUGGUUCCACCGGCACGGUUCUACUAAAAGAUCCACCAAAAGUCCACGUCAACCAGGCCCACGACCUGUGCAGCCGCCUGGCUGCCCUUAUGGAGUCUAUUCACAACACCACAGUAGUAACUGUCAAGUAAAUUCUUGAUGGAAAAUCUAGAAGACGCUGUGAGCGGCGGCGGCGUGCAGCAGAGCAGUCUGUGCUGAUAGGACAGUAGGGUUUACACCAGCAUGUAGUAAUUUAUUAUUUGAUGGCUCUGAACUGCAUACAAGUAGAACAUUUAUUGCGCUGUAUACUUUGCAAUCACUCAUUGUGGUUGAAUAGGAGAUUCUGCACAAAUACAUGCAAAUGAAGAAUAGAAAAGAACUGAUUCUGAAGUUUCUGAAGAAAUAAUCCAGUCUUUUUCAGUCUGCUUUUACCCUGCUACCCUAAUAGCAACACACAUCAAUCACUAAAAUACUAACAGUCUUUAAAGUCUCUCAAACGUUUAAAGGCAAAAUAAAAUAUGCCCAAAUGGCAACCGGUUUCUGCUCUACAAACAUUUGAGGAUAUUUUUUAGUGACUAAUAUUUGGUUGUAUUGACUUGUUUUAUACCUAAAUCUAUCGUAAAGGUGCAGCGAUGGGAUAAAGUGCUCAGUCAUGUACCUGAGUCGUCAGUCCUCGGGUCUGAGGAGACUGGUGUAAAGCGUAAAAGCAUAGUCGUAGUAAAACGAAAUGCAGAUCUUUUUAAAUCCAUAAAUUAAAGUGGUUUGUUCUUGUCCCAGUUGUAGAAAAAAGAAACCUAUAAGAGAUUUCAGACUGUUUAUGAUUUGAUUGAUUGCUGAUUAUAAAUCAAACAAAAUAUUGCGUAGACACAGAUUGUCUAAAAACCUUCUUCGUCUUUAAGAGAGACAAUAGAAGUCAGGUUCAUGCCAAUCAGCUCUAUAAAAGAAGACAUUUUCUAGAAAGUUAUUUCAUUUCAGGUCAUUUAAAUAAAAGUAAACAUUGUUUAAUAAUAUCUAUUCUAUUAAAACUUGUAUGGGGUCAUAAUGAAUGAGGACU